AUUCGACGUCCGACCUCCGCUGCGGCAGGGUGGCGCCGGUCCGGGCAGUCAGUGCGGGCACCGAGUCGGCCCCAGUGGGCCCCGCAGCGCUUCAGGACAUCCGACUGGGCGGAUUUUGGUGAAAAGCGGGGAAUUGUAGAGUUUGGAAAGUAUGUGUGGUAUCUUGUGCUGGGGUGUUUGUGUGUUGUUUUUGUUAGGUGGGGUAUAUGGUGGGGAGGUGUUUUCAGUGUUUUUGUGAUUGUAGUGUAGUGUUGCUCGCACUGGAUAUAUUCCGAGUGGUGUUUGUGAGUUAUGCAUCGGUGAUUGUGAUUGUUUGCAAUUGGUGCGUUUCGAAAUGAGGUGUUGAGUGUCCGUUUGCUAGGUGGUAUUUGGGUGGUAUAUGUUAUGUGUUACUCUUCACGAUGAAUGUUGGCGUAUAUCGUUCAAUAAGUGCCGGUGAAGAUGUUUUGUUUUGUGUGCUUUGUGCGCAGUGUUCUUCGUGACCGUGAAAGCUCCACGAUUAACCCUGCACCCUGCAUCAUUGGUGUGAAUCAAUGAGCCGUUCCAUCUUGCCUCCUGUGCCAUUGCCUCCCUAUCGACUGUCGUCUCUGCUGUGUGCCGCCUCAGUGCCCGCUGUCACUCCCUGGCUGCUACCCCUCUGCCUGCAUUCUCCCACCCACAGCCUCCCUCAGGGCCAGAGAUACACCGCACCCGCCCCGGUUUACUGCUGCUGUGUUCCGCAGGCACGCGUCGGUCGUAAAAUCUGCAGCAAUUGGCUCUUCAUAAACCAUUUGUCGCUCAACGACUUCCUUCCUCUUCGCUCGUCCAGUGUAGUAACACCUCGGGCCAUCAUGCAGUACCUGGUGGCGGUGUACGGCAGGCCGGCGUUCGACCACCUGUACCCGGCGGCCGACCACCAGCGACGCGCCACCAUCGACCGUCUGCUGCAGUUCGACCUCGGCACGCUCAACAGGGCCAUCCUCGACUACUUUGACCCGGUGAUACACCGCGGCUCGGCGCCGGACGAAGCCAAGGCCAACGUGCUGAAGCAGUCGCUCGACUACCUGGACCGCUUCCUGGAGGAGUCUGGCGGCGAGUUCGUGGUGGGCCACCGGCUGAGCCUGGCCGACCUGGCGCUGCUGGCUACUGUCUCCCGGCUGGAGGCGUUCAACUACCGCACCGAGUCCUACCAGCGCCUGCACACCUGGAAGACGCGGCUGCAGCAGACGCUGCCCUACUACCAGGAGUGCAACGCCGAGGGAAUGGCCAUGUUCAAGGAGAUGCUGGAGCAGAAGAAGCAUUAAUGCAGGGUACAGGCAUAAUGGGGAGUUGAUAGAUUGAUGCGGGAAACCAGGGUUGUCAGAGCUGGACUGUUGGUGCCAUUACGGGCGAUGGAUUUUGAUGUCGAGCGAAACGUUAAUGAAAUUCUGCAGGCUGCUACAGAAUUAUGAAAGCAUGCAGGAAAUCCGUUUUUGUUUGUUUUAGUGGUAAGCGAUCGCGAUGGCAGAUCCUGUCAAAACUGAUUGCUCGGGUACAUUGAAUGAAUGGUUAAAUUGCGAUAUUUCUAUUGCACACAGUGAACUCUGAACUCUGGCUGUACCUAGUUCCUGGACAGAUCCAGGUACAGCGAAUGGAGUUCAUUUAGUAUUUUAAUGUCAGCUUAAAACUAUACUAAAGUGUAAGUAUUUGUGAUUAAAUGUGGUAAAAUGUAAGUUGCUGCCGAUAUAAUAUGAAACCUUGCUAACAUACAUCAGCACCCAUGACGCUUUUCCAGUGGUGAAACUUUGCAUCGUAACUCCAGAAAGUACUUUUGAUAAAGUAGGCAUCUAUGCCAGCUGCAAGACGCGAGGCUUAGAUAGCUGAUGAAAAUGUGAGUGCACUGCGCAUUCCUUUUGCAACCAAUGGAGCUGUGAUAAACACGUUCGGGUAUAAAGAUAGGUGGUACGUUCGCAUCCAGCAGUCUGGACCUGGAUUGUUUUCGCUUAGUUGUUUUCUAGGAUCGUUUUUUGUAGUAAGGCGCCUUCCAGCAGUCGUGUCAAAACUGGCAAUCUUGGUCUGAGAGUGCGUGCAUUUAGCCGAUAAAAGAAACGAAAUUUUGUGUUGAUAUUUGACCGAAAAUUAUCUCGGGAACAUAACGGUGAGAGAAACACUGCUGUUCUCAGCAGCGAGCAGAGCGCAUGAUGUAGUAAUAUCAAAACAAGCGAUACAUGGUGACAUGUUAUUAUGUAACCAUGUCUUCUGUUUCUGUUACUAUCGCAUCACAACUUCCAUCUUUGUGAAACGGCAACUAACUGGCCUGCACGUUGUUACCUGAAAGCUUGUGCUUAUUGCUGUUCACUGGUGUGUUAGGUUUUUAUCUCGCCGCUAUGUAGCUACCUUUUUAGAAACAAAACUAAGCUCCUUGUGAUCGAAUGUUUUCUUAUCGAAUUCCGUUAAGGAUGAUUGUAUUUUAACAGUCGCUUAUUCCACGAAUAAGUUCUAUCUACGAGGAGUGUUGAACAAAUGAACAGGGUAUGAAGUAAGUUAAGAGUUUCUGAAAAUGUCGAUUGAUGCUGUUAAUUAGAUAUCUCAGAUGUGCCCCUCAGUCGUUGGAGGUGGUGAGUUCAUUGAGUGUUUAGGAUUUCGUUGUUUUAUAAGAAUGCAUGCAUCCAAAAGUUAACAGAAAUGCAUCCCAUGUAGAUUUAUGUAUGACCAGCCAUAUUCUUGUUGGGACAAUUGUAACAUGCUAGCCUCUGACUGAUACAAGACACUCUGAACCGGUACAUACCCACUCUAGAUUGAUAAGACGUUGAAAAAAGUCGCACGUUCUGUUUACCGAAAUGAUUGGUGAAUCGUUGAACUGUUGUGUUUGAUUUGUCAGCCACAUGUUCUCUCUGAUGUUUCGUAUCAACUACCUGCCCACACUGAUAACAUUUACGAGCUGCUAAUACGACUAUGUUAACUUAUGCGUCAUGCUUUUUAAUAAAUAGCAGAUUAUUCUAUCA